AUGUCUCUCUCCAUGCAGAACUCUGGGCUGUCCAGGCGGCUGUCUGACCAGAGCGGGACACUGGGCAAAGCCAGGGGCAUGUCUGCUUCCAGUGUUGGAAGUGGCUAUGGGGGAGGUGCCCUUGGCUUUGGAGGCAGCUACAGGGGAGGUUUUUCUGCUGCUUCCAUGUUUGGUUCUAUUUCUGGCUUUGGGGGUGGCUCUGGAAGUUCCUUUGCAGGAGGGCUGGGCACUGCUUAUGGGGGAGGCCUCGGGGGCAGCCUGGGGAUGGGGAUUGGAUUUGGAGGAAGCCCAGGAGGUGGCUCUUUAAGUAUUGUCUCUGGCAAUGACGGAGCCCUUCCUUUUGGAUCGGAAAAGGAAACCAUGCAAAAUCUUAAUGAUAGAAUGGCUUCCUACCUGGAUAAGGUUCGAGCUCUAGGAGAGGCUAAUACUGAGCUAGAAAACAAAAUUCAGGGAUGGCACGAAACACGAGGAUCUGAAGACCCUGGGUCACAGAAUGAUUACAGUAAAUACUGUCCACUGAUUGAAGACCUCAGGAAGAAGAUCAUUUCUGCCAGCGUUGGAAAUGCUCAGUUCAUCUUGCAGAUCGACAAUGCAAGCCUGGUUGCCAACGACUUUAGAAUGAAGCAUGAGAACGAGCUGGCCCUGCGCAUGAGCGUGGAGGCCGACGCCAACGGCCUGCGCCGGGUGCUGGACGAGCUGACCCUGGCCGGAGCCGACCCGGAGAUGCAGACCGAGAGCCUAGCGGAAGAGCUGGCCUACAUGAAGAAGAACCACGAGGAGGAGCUCCAAAGCUUCCAGUCUGAUGGCCCAGGCCAAGUCAGUGUAGAAAUGGACGCUGCCCCAGGAGUGGACCUCACCAGGCUACUCAACAACAUGAGGGCACAGUAUGAAGCCAUCGCUGAGCAGAACCGUAACGAUGUAAAAGCCUGGUUCACUGAAAAGAGCAGGGAGCUCAAGAAGGAGAUCAGCACCAAUACUGAGCAGCUUCAGUCCAACAAGAGCGAGAUCACCAACUUGAGACGCGCCUUUCAAAACCUGGAGAUCGAGCUCCAGGCCCAGCUCGCCAUGAAGAAAUCCCUGGAGGACUCCUUGGCCCAAACCCAGGGUGACUACUGUGGCCAGCUGUCCCAUGUGCAACAGCUCAUCUGCAACCUGGAGGAGCAACUGCUCCUGGUGCGAGUGGACACUGAGCGCCAGAACGCUGACCACCAGCAGCUGCUGAAUGUCAGGGCCCACCUGGAGCUGGAGAUCGAGACCUACUGCCGCCUGCUGGACAGCGAGGCCCGAGGUGAUGGUCUAGAUGAAACUUCGUCUGUGACAGACUCCAAAUCUCAAGCACAAUCCACUGAUUCCUCUAAAGACACUACCAAAACUCAAAAAGUGAAGACAAUCAUCCAGACUGUGGUGACCGAUGAGGUCGUCACAUCCCAAGUUCAGGAACUUGAAGAACUAAUGUAAAAUUUCACAAGAUCUUCCCCAUGAUGAUUGCUUCCUUAGGAACAAGAAAUUUACAAGUAGAAACUAUUCCUUUCAGAGUGAGAUGCUGUAUUGGUUCAAGCUCAGUUUUUGUCUGCUUCCUUUUCUUAGGAUUCCUACUCACUUGGAGUCCUUUUCGCCCUUCUGAAACAAUAUUCGACUAUGAAUCACUGUGGCCGUGUUGGCCUUUAUAACAAACCAAAAUUGCCUUUUAUCUUUCUGGAGCUGGAGCAGUCUUUUGAUAAACUGUCUUCUAGCAACCUGGAACAUGCUUUUAACCACAGGGCUUUGGCCAAGUAGUCUUGUUUUAAUAAAGUUAAUUUUAAAAGACAAAUGGUAAUAAUGUGAAAUCUGUACCUUCUGGAUUCCAACAAUAAUGUCAAGGGCAUAGAGAGAGGUUUGCAAAAUACUAAUAAGUAGUUAAACACUGGGAUAAAAAUGUCAAGGUCUGAGAUUCAGUUAAGAACUUCCUUUUUGAAGUCCUUUCUUUUUUACAUUAGCCCAUCAAGUUUACAGCAAAUUUAUAUUGUCCACUACAGGGCCUAACAGUUGUCUUAUUAAUUUUCUAGGGCAUUCUUUCAUUCAGUCAAGAAACACUUAUUGAACCCCUCCAGUUGCCAGCCUGGAGACUCUUCCAGGAAUGGUGAGACAGUGAGACAGGGCAAACAGAAGUUCAAAGGGCAUGUGGAGAAGAAAGUAAACAAUAUCUCAGGGGGCCACUAAAUAUUUCAUACAGAAAUCAGCCAGAGAAAGCAGAAUGGGAUGAGAGGAAACACACUGUACACAGGGGUGUGAACAAAUAUUGCUGUGAUGUCCUCUCUCCUACCUGAUACUGGUGACGCCAAGGCUGGGGCUUCUACUGGGGUGGGUCAGACUCAUAAGUCAAUAACAGAUGUCAGGUUCUGGGUUGGAGCAGGUGGCCAAAGUCUAAACCUGAGUAGAUGGUGGUUCAGUCUGCAUUGACAGAUUCAGAACCGUAAAAGGAAAGCAAGGAUUUAAUGACUAAGAACCUGGGCCCUGAAGCCAGACUGGGGUCAAAUUCUGGCUCCGGUACAUAACAGCAAGUAACAACCGCUGUGUGCCUUGCUUUCCUGAUCUUUAUUUAAAGUAGGGUGGAUUUUGUGAAGGUUAAAUGAGGUAAUAACACACAUAAAAACAUGAGGAACAGUCCCUGGUGCCUAACAAGUACUCAGUAUUUGUGUCCUGUUAUUUACUGUACGGAAUCAAAACGGUGUGGAGGAAUCAGGGGCACUGAUGAGCAAGGAGUGUAAACAGGAGCAGAAGGGACAGGGGGGAUUCAUGCAAGCCUGGAGGAAUUCCAGCGCUGAGUGCAAAAGCCCGGGGAAGGUUAUUAUGCCAUUUUAAGAUGAUUUUGUUCAGUACACAGCUUUCUGAGAUCACACUUCCUUUUUAGUGGUUUCAUCUCCCUUGGAUACACACAGCAAUUCAAUUAUCUGUCUAGCCCUCGCCUUCCAGAACAUGUCCUAGGAGAACCUUAUCUUUCAGACCCAAAGAGAUUACCAGGGUCUUUUCCUGAACAAGGUCCAUAGCCCACAAGUAAUAAAUCAUGUCAGAAGUGGCUGCAAAUAGUUAUUGCUUUAAAUGUUAUCUGUUCACCUUACAACUACAUCUGAACUGUGCGAGAUUCAAAGGAGAAAAGGGUUUUGCACAAGUAUUAACCUGGUGGUGAUUUCUUAGCUUUCAUUUAGCUCCUCGGCAUCCCCUUCUUGUGGAAAUAUUUUCUCCACUGAGCUCCCAGAGACAUCAUCUCAAUGGAAGCUUUUUCUCAGACUCUUCUUUGUGGCCUCUGAUGCUGGCUCAAUC